CACCUGUAAUAUCUCUGUCUCUGCGAGCUCGUCGCGUAGGCCGUUGCUCUGUACAAUGCGUCCUGAAUCGAUGACUGUGAUGAUGUGGUGGAUGAAGUCGAGCGGGCAUCUGCUUUUUGAUCGAGGCGAAAGCGCACCCAGCUAAAUAAUCGUAUUUAGUCAAUUAUGCUGUUUUCAUAAUCGUAAUUAUCGUAAUCGCGAUUAAAAUCGCGAUUAAAAUACGAUUAAUUGCCUGCUACCUACGUGCUGAAUAAGAGACGCCGCUAGCGGUGUGAGAGGAAGCACAAGAGGGGUAAGCGCGGAGGCAUCUGAGCUAGACUAGCAGCUAUCCCACACAGGCCCGCUAUUCCGAGCAUCAUGGCUAAUGUUCGCUCAUUGGACAAUAACAUGGAGUCAUGGACAUCAUAAGACUACUCCGGUCGACCCAGAGUGGGAUGACAGAGUGCUGUGUACGUUUUCAUGGAAUCAUGGCUAAAUGACUGACGACCCCUCCACACUACGUGGGGUGCCGUCUAUUUGUGUGUGCUUUGUGGGUGUUCACAGGUUCCGGUGGUGAUGCGCCGCACCUGUCGGGGAGGAGACCUGCCUGAUGAGCUACACCUGGGGAAAAGGUUAUAGGAGGAGCCCAGCCGGAUACAUCUCUCUCACUCCUCUGGGCACUUUCUCUGCGACAGUUUCGGGGACCUGAUGCUGCUGUCUAUUUAGUUUGUUGUGUUUUAACAAUAAACUAUAUUAUUCUUAUUUCUCGUCUCGCCUCCCUGCUUUAUGUUACAGCCCACAAGCCGGGUUGCCAGACUCUGCCAUUCAGCUAGACCGGCUAACAUGCUGCCGCUCAGACAGAGCUACGGUUAGCGGGGGGAAGAGCCGCAGCGGCGGUGUGAUUGUUUACAUCAGUGAUGCUUGGUAGACCCAGAAGGAGCACUGAGAGCAGCAUGGAGGAGAACAAAGAGACCCCCAGAACUCAGAACCAGAGAGGACUCAGACUUCACAGCUGUGGCCUGUGUGACAAAUCCUUCAAGACCUCUGUAAAAUUAAAGGUUCAUCACAGAGUUCAUACUGGAGAGAACCCGUACAGCUGUGACCUGUGUGACAAAUCCUUCAACGUAUCUGGGAACUUAAAGGUUCAUCAGAGAGUUCACACAGGAGAGAAACCCCACAACUGUGACCUGUGUGGGAAAACGUUUUCUCAGACUGGUUCACUUAAAGUCCACCAACGCAUCCAUACUGGAGUUCAUACUGGAGAGAAACCUUACAGCUGUGACCUGUGUGGGAAAACAUUCAAUACUGUAUUUGAACUGAAGUCCCAUUAUCUUAUUCACACUAGAGAGAAACCACACAGCUGUGAGCUGUGUGACAAAUCCUUCAAAUCCUCUUGGAACUUAAAGCGUCAUCAGAAAGUUCACACAGGAGAGAAACCCCACAACUGUGACCUGUGUGGGAAAACGUUUGCUCAGACUGGUGAACUUAAAGUCCACCACCGCAUCCAUACUGAAGAGAAACCGUACAGCUGUGACCUGUGUGACAAAUCCUUCAAGACCUCUGGACAAUUAACGGUUCAUCACAGAAUUCAUACUGAAGAGAAACCGUACAGUUGUGACCUGUGUGACAAAUCCUUCAAGGCCUCUGGACAACUAACUGUUCAUCAGAGAGGUCACACUGGAGAGAAACCUUACAGCUGUGACCUGUGUGGGAAAACGUUCACUAAAUCAGGUAAUCUCACAACCCAUCGUCGUAUUCACACGGGAGAAAAACCAUACUGGUGUGAAGAGUGUGGGAAAAUGUUCCGUUCAUCAAGUAAACUCACAAUCCAUCAUCGUAUUCACACGAGACAAACCAUACAGCUGUGAACAAUGUGGAAAAACUUGCAAUACAUCAGGUCAACUCACAAGCUGUGACGAGUGUGGGAAAAUGUUUUCUUGUCUUGACCUUAAAAUCCACCAGCGCAUCCACACUGGAGAGAAACCGUACAUCUGUACAAACCUCCUUUGUGCCAUGCCGAUCAUCGUGUUUUACUUUUUUGUCGAUUAUAGUCUAAAUAGGCCUACAAACAUUACAGUUUUUUGCUGCUGAAGUGCUCAGGAGCAACAGCCUUUUUUCCAUGAAAUUAUAGUGGUCUAGAUUAGGCAGUAAAGACAAUUUCGGUUUUUCGCCGAGCUGACUUUUUGUUGUGUUUUGUUUGGCUGGAAAACUGUCAAUAUAAUUGAAUAACGUAUAAAACCUGUGUUUGUUUAUUUUGUGAAUGUGUGGAUGUUUAUCAGUUCUGUUUUGCUUUUAUAAUAUUAUUUCUUAUCAAGAAAUAUUUAUUGGAAGACUGAGUAGGGCAGUAGAGGAUUUCUCCAACGUAAUCAGGAUGUGUGAUGUAAGUCACUAUAUUACUAUAUAUUAGAAAUUCACUUUUCUCUCGCUUAAUUUGAGGUUUUGCCAUAGCCAAUAUAAUGCUAUUACUAUUGUUGAUUUAGGAAUUGCAAUAAUGGCUGAAAAGGUGAUGACCUUGCAAUUUGUGGUGUAUUUCAAGUUUGGAACAGUCAAUUAAGGACAUGAAGGCCCUCUGCUUGACUAAUUUCCUCUGGAAGAUCAUCCUACAUGACCUCCGAGAUGUGCCCACAGGCUUCACCAUGUUAAUGGGGGCAAUCUACUGCCUCAACCUCGAGUACCCCCGCACUCAGAAAUAAACUGCUGAGAUAUCACCUCUAAACGAAUGACUGUGUCAUAGCUCCUGGAAGAAGGGAGUUUCUGUUUUGCACUGUUGUUGUACACAUUGUUCUUGUUUUCAGCAGUGUAUUGUGUACCACGAGGUCAGAUAUGAACCCAGCUGCUGAGAUUGUUAACACAUGAAUGCACAUUUCAACAGGGUUCGUACGGGUGCUUGAAAUCCUUGAAAAUGCUUGAAAUUUGACGUGGUGUUUUCAAGGUUGGGAAAGUGCUUGAAUUUUGGGAAUGGUGCUUGAAAUUGAGAUAAAG